AUUUCUCAAACCCUAAUCAUAGACUCGGACAGUUAUGUAAAAUAAAGUUUUGUGCUUGAUUUUUGUGGUGCUGCAAUUUUAGGGUUUUGCAGUGGCAGCCCAACGCAGGGACGACGGUCAAAAGUCAGAUCAUAAACGAAGUCACGCAGUGCGUCGAGAGCAUCAAUGGCGUCAAGGAAGGAAGGUGGAAAGCCACCAUCACCUUCUACAAAUCCAUCCUUCGAGAGCCAUCUUUAACCGGGGAACCCCCGCGUGAUCUUCUGGGGAUUGCGGUUGCGGCGGAUAAUUCUCGAGGUGGAUUCAGCGAUUCAGGCGAUUAUGGAGAAGUGACAGUCGUACAAAUUGAGGGUCUCGCUUUAUUUUGAGCUUCCCCCCUCCAAUUGGCGUAGUUGGAAGGUUUGAUGUACUGAAUUUGGAGGUGGAAAUCGAGAAAACGGUUUUACUUGAUUCUUUGUGGUUUAUGGUUUGAUGUGUAGGGGUUUCAGUUUCAAGUCGGGGACCUACAAUUGAGAGUGGGGAAAGUUAUUCCUACUCAUUCGGAGAAUUUAAGAGGAAUAGCUAUGGAGCUGAAGUACUUUCACAUUUCUUCGAUGGAAAAAGCGAGGCAAGUAAUGGAAGAGUUCAUGGAUAUGUGGCAGCAGGCUUUGUCGAAAAGAUCAUUACCGGGGCACUACAUGCAUGUGGGACCAAACUUUUCCGAGUAUGGCCUUGCAGACCAAUGUACUUCACAACAUACUGCUGUCCAGUAUGCUGCCAUUAUGGCUCAACUCAUUGCGACUGUGCAAGCAGUGCAGCAAUCAGCAAGAAAUUAGGAAACGAAGAAAAAGAAUUUGAUGUGUGUCACUCAUCAACUGGUUUGAGGAAUGGAUGAUUCCAAUUCCAUAUCUUCUUAGCGCUGACUCUCCCGCUCUUUGGAUAGAAGAAAACGGGGAGGAAUGGAGUUCUGUAUGCGGGUUUGAUUGUCCAUGGAAGAAUAGAAAGCAAACGAUAGGAUGUUUGAAAUAAAAAAGAAGUAAUUUCUUGAGAACCCUUUUCCCUCACCUUGUUAAUUAUGGCUUGGAGUAAAGCCGAUUCUGCGUUUAUUUUCUGUGAUAAUUUUGACAUGAUCAUAUUCCACAUCCCCAAUGUCCAGAACUUCAUUCUUGUUUCUCUGACAUACGAUGAACAUAUUUGCAGAGGAA